UCUCUCUGUCACGGUAGACAUAAAAUUAAGUCAGAACAGGGCUUAUUAGGGGUUUUGCACCAAUAGAAGAAGAGGCCUUCCUACUCCGAUCCUCUCCGUUACACGCAUCACGAAUCGGGUGAAGCAUUUUACCCUUAGAAUAUAUCGAAAUGGUGUUCUCUCAGUGUGCGAAACGUCCUAUUGAGGUUCUGUGUAAGAGGCUGAGGUUGAAGCCUAGUCCUUCUGUGCAUUCUGGGUAUGGUUAUGCUACUUGGGUGUGCAGAGGAAGUUCAAUUUAUCAACUUGGGGAAAAUAAAAGCUCAAGCUCAAGUUCAUUCACUUGUAGUUAUGGCAAUGCUGUUAGAAGCUACUCGGGUGAAGCUUCUGUUUCGGAACAGAUGAAUCUUAUAAAGCAGUUGAGAGAGAGAACGAGUGCCCCCAUAAAAGAUGUAAAGUCUGCUCUUAUUGAUUGCAAUUGGGAUAUUGAUGCUGCACAAAAGGACCUGAGGAAAAGAGGGGUGGUUCUUGCAUCAAAGAAGUCGUCACGUGCUGCUGCUGAGGGUUUACUGGCCUUGGUGCAGAAUGAGAACAAGGCUGCUGUUGUUGAACUUAAUUGUGAAACAGAUUUUGUGGCCAGAAAUGAUAUAUUUCAGUAUUUGGCCUUGUCUCUGGCAAAAUUAACUUUGGCGGUUGAAAGCUCUCAACAGAGUUCUUCUGGAGCCUUUCCUGUUGGACCCGAGUAUUUUGAGAAUUUGAAGAUGAAUCUUGAACAUCCAAAAUUAAGGGGAGAAACAACUGUGCAAAAUGCGAUUACAGAAGUGGCUGCAAUGAUGGGAGAAAAUGUCAAGCUCAGAAGGGGUUUCACAGUGUCCACAUGUGCAAAUGGUGUCAUGUCCACGUAUCUCCAUACAAGCCCCAAAUCAGGCCUGGGACGUAUUGCUGGUAUUUUAUCCCUCGAAGUAGAAGAUAAAAAUGCUUCAUUGGAUGCUCUCCAGCAUGUUGGAUCAGAAUUGGCAAUGCAUGUUGUGGCAGCAAAGCCGUUAUUUCUGUCAAAGGACCUUGUGUCUUUAGAUGCAAUAGAGAAUGAACGUGAGAUUCUUAAGUCUCAGGCAGAAACUACAGGGAAGCCUCAGGUCGCCAUAGAGAAGAUGGUAGAAGGUCGUUUGCGAAAGUACUUUGAGGAAGUAGUUCUAAUGGAGCAAAAGUUUGUUGUGAAUGACACUGUGAAUGUGAAGACUUUGUUGAAGAAUCUAUCCGAGGAAGUUGGCACACCUGUGAAAAUUGGAAGCUUUCUGAGAGUGGAAGUUGGAGAAGGACUUCAGAGGCUUGAAGCAUCCAGUGCCUCUGAAUCUUUGGCUCAAGCUGCUUAAUUUGCGUAAUUGUGCCCCUUGUCAAUGGGAAAUCCCCAACGGGGAGAGCAGACUUUUAGGGACGUCGCUGCAGAAUUCAGGACUUUUGCUCUCUACCUAUUUAGCGAAUGACCGACGAUUUUGACGCUUCAAUUUAUUGUAUUUUUGGUGAGGGAAUAAUAGUCGAGUUUCUUCAUAAACAAAAUUAUUAUAGUGUGGUUUUUACUGUUACCCGCUUAUGUGUAUGUUUUCCAAUACAUGCAAUUUACAUUUGAGUUUUUUU